AUGGAAGAGUGCUUGUUGCUACUGGAACUUGGUGCUAUGCCAAGUCAGUCUAUUGACGUAGAUCCUUGUCCACAAAACUCUCCUUGCUCUUCAACGUCGUCAAGAAAAGCAAAAGUCAAAACACGGCGAAAAGUUUCGAAGGAAACUGCGACACCAUCUUCUUGUUCUCGUUCAAAACCCGUGAAUCUAAAUGAAGUGAACGCCGCGUUAGCUUCCAUCUGUGAUAGGCCUACAACACGCCGAAGUGCUGCUGGAAGUAUGAGCUCGCGUAGAAGUGAUCUCUCUGAUUCCCCUGAUCGUUUGGUAAUCGUCGAGGAUCUUGAAGGUGUCAUUGUGAAAGAUCCUCCUCCAGAUGAAGUGCCGAUGAGUCAGGAAAUUGUGGUAGACCUCAAAACACCAAGGGCUUCUUCGGUGUCCAGUGCGCAAACUGGCUCUUUGGGUGCGCCCAGAUCAGAAGGGGAAACAAGUGCUGACCUAUUGUCAAGCAGAGUGUCUAGAAGGUCUCCGCGUAAAAGAGGACUAGAGCAGUGUUCAACAGAUAUUGUUCCACCCUUGGCAAAGAAGAGAAUCGUGAGUUCUAGAGAUCAGUCUCGUUCACCGCUAUCCGCGAAUUCACCGGUUGGAACCGAGAAGCAAGCGGGCGCUGUACUGAAGACUAAUGAUCAUCACACCGCAUCCAGAAGAAAGAAUGAACUAAAUACUUUUGAUGCAAGAAUAUCUCCUCUUUCAACUUCUACAGCUCCCAGUGUCGAGAUCAGGAAGAGCCCUAAACAUCCAGUAGUUGCAACCGAUAAGAAAAAGCUAACAAGCUUGCCGAGUGCCCAAUCAGAAUCUCAUGCGGAACCAAUUUUGCCAGAAUUAUUCGUAACACCCGCCGUUACUAGAAGAAGCGCUCAUUCGGUAAUUGUGGAACCCACAAGUACCCAGAUUACGGUGUCCUUGGCACGAAGAACAGAAGAAGGAACCGAAGCAGGAGUUCCCAUUGAGACAUGUGGUACUGUAAUAACAAAGGCAAGUAAAGUUGUUCUGCCAUGCGAGACCACUGUGCUUGUUCCUACGAAAAUUCAUCCAAGUCCAGUCAGCGAAUUUUCUCGUCUGUCAGAGGGUGUCGACUCAACUAUCAAAGUUGCUAAACGAACAGCUUCAGCUGAUGUUGCAGAGAACGUGCGUGGAUACUCUCGUCAUCGCCGCAAAUCGUCGACGCCUCCGCUCUUAGUAGUUGCUGUUGAAGUAACUUCGUCGUUCGUACCCGUAAAACGCGAUAAUGAACGUUCCGCUGAUCCAGUCACUCUACCCACCUAUAACUUCACAGAACCUGCAACCAAAACUGUUUUCUCGUCUGACAGCGCUGAGAUUUUGAAUGCCCUGGCACUUGAAAUCAUCAUUCGUGAAGCAUCUGCACUUUCUACUGUCAAUAUGGCGACAUUCGCGCAGUUUGUCUUCAAUUUGUUCGAGCCAAUUACACCAGUAUUUGGAAAACUCGUCGAUAUCGAACCGUCAAAUCUGCCAGCAAACUUCACUACCAUUUUUGAGUUGGCAUCACCCCUUCAGUUCCGUCACCGUCUCGAUUACAAUUCGUUCAACAAUAUGCUAAUGAAUCGUCUCCCUGAGAACGGUCUGCAUGCUCUCACUCUUGAUUCUCGUAAAGUUAGCAUGCUGAAAAUCACAAAGUUUGUGGAUACCAUCAAGGAGGCUGUGUCGGAGAUUUGUGAAGAAUUGCGUACUCGUAGAACUUUGUCGAAAGCAGAAAUUCAGGCAGAAAAGGAUUUGUCAUCGGAAGUGCAACAUCUUAUCACCUCACGUUAUGUUGAGACAAUCGAUUGA